AUGACUUCUACCGACCCAGAAAAGACGGAUGAGCUCCAGGACGAAGAAAAGCUCGCGAGGGAGUCUCGCGCAGUGGAAGAGCACUACGAGGACGCUGCCUCGGAGAGCAGUAUAGACAUCAAGGCGGAAAAGGCAUUAGUGCGCAGACUGGACCUACGCAUCCUGCCAAUAGCCUGCCUCAUGUACCUUGUCGCAUAUUUGGAUAGGUCGAACAUCGGCAAUGCGCGUACCAUGCCGCAGAGCAUCGAUGCCGUCUUAGGAGGUGACCCGACAGGCGCACUAUUCAACUGGAUCACGUCCGUCUUCUACUUCUCAUACGUUCUCUGCCAGGUGCCUGCCACUCUGCUGGCUAAACUCUUCCCACCGCGCUUGUACCUGGGUGUCUCUGCCAUCGGUUGGGGGGUCAGUUCGACGCUGAUGUCCACGGGAUUCAACUUCGCUGGCUUGAUGGUUUGUCGCCUAUUCUUGGGGGUCUUCGAGGCGAUGUUCGGCCCGGGAAUCCCAUUGUACUUCUCGUUCUUCUACACGAAGCAUGAGAUCGGUCUGCGAUUGGCUUACUGGUUCGGAUUUGCGGCCGUCGCAGGCGCUUUCGGCGGACUUAUCGCAUAUGGUGUUGCACACAUCGACUCCUCUGUCGCCGAGUGGCGGCUGCUCUUCAUCAUCGAGGGAAUCCCGGCCGUUCUGCUAGGCUUCGUGGCGAUCACGCUGCUUCCAAACCGUCCGGAGUCUACCACAUUCUUCAACGAGGAGGAACGGAAGAUCGCACUCGCGCGUCGCAAUCGCGGGACGAGCGGAGACAAUGGCUACGGUAUUCUAAGGCGGCAUGUCGUGGCUGCAUUCUGCGACUGGCGCAUCUACAUGGGAGGCGUCAUCUACUUUGCGGCUAACGCUGCUCUCGCAAGUAUCUCCGCCUUCUUACCCACCAUCUUGACGACUUUGAACUUCACCGACGCAAGGGCGAACUUGAUGACAGUGCCACCAUAUGCUGUUACAGCUGUGGUGUUAACAGGUUCAUCUUGGUUAUCGGAUCGCAUCCAGCUACGCGGCCCGUUCGUAUGCUUGUACGCCUGUAUCGGUGCAAUCGGCUAUCUGAUACUCCUCACUGUACAUGAUAACGCGCACGUUCGAUACUUCGCGGUGUUCUGCAUUGUCGCCGGGACGUAUACAGUCAUUGGGAUCAUGAUUGCAUGGUACGCACACAACCUGGGAUCAGAGACGAAGCGUGCGGCGGGAACACCUCUGUACAUGGCUAUCGGGCAAUGUGGUAGCGUGCUUGGAUCCCAUCUCUUUCCUAAGACUGAUGGUCCACACUACGAGAAGGACUUUGCAGUGUUGUGCGCCCUGGAGUUCUUAGCAGCUAUAUGCGCGGCGAUUCUCUAUGUACACUACUUAAGGGAGAACUCGCGUCGAGAUCGUGUAUACGGCAAGGUACACCCGGAUGCACUCGUCGAUACAUCCGACUUGGCGGACCGAGCACCGAACUUCCGCUACAAUGCAUAA